AUGAAGACCACCGCCCAGCUCGCCGGCCUCCUGGCCCUGCUCCCCUCCACGUUCGCCUGUCUCGGCUACACUGGCGGCCUCCCCACACCCACAUCCACCAAGACGAACAGCAAGGUGAUUGAAGUCGCCGCCGGCCAGACUUUCGAUGGCGGAUGGGCAAAGUACGAUCGCGGCAGCGGCGCUUGCAACGACCAAGCAGAGGGCGGCGACGCCGACGCCGUCUUCCUCCUGCGCAGCGGCGCAACCCUCAAAAACGUCAUCAUCGGCAAAAACCAAGCCGAAGGCGUGCACUGCGACGGCCCCUGCACGCUGGAAUUCGUCUGGUUCGAGGACGUGUGCGAGGACGCCAUCACGGUGAAGAACGACGCCGCAGGCCAGGAGACGUGGAUCGUCGGCGGCGGCGCGUACCACGCCGCGGACAAGGUCGUCCAGCACAAUGGCUGCGGCACCGUGAAUAUUAUUAACUUUUAUGUUGAGGACUAUGGGAAGUUGUAUCGGAGUUGUGGGAAUUGCUCCAAGCAGUGCAAGCGCAACGUGUAUAUCGAGGGCACGACGGCGGUGGAUGGCGGCGAGCUUGCGGGCAUUAAUUCGAACUACGGCGAUACGGCGACGCUGAGGAAUGUGUGCUAUGAUACGGAUGUGCCGUGCCAGAUGUAUAAUGGCUGCGCUGGGGGCUGCGAGCCGACGAAGUCGGGGACUUGCUCGGGGUAA